AUGCCGGAAUCGCGAACUUCAACUGAGAAUCCUUUGAAUACGAGAGGGGGAAAGGAUGAGCCUACCACUAAUAUUAUCUCAUUGAUAUCGCAGAUUGCGGAUGACCAUCUUAGCGUUUUAAGGAGUAUCAGCACUGGACUUGCAGUAGCCGGAGUAAUAUUACUGGCAAGGAGUAUUAAGAUGACGUCAAAGUUUGGAGCUGCAUCUGAAAUCCCAGCCAGGUUUAUUGAGAGGCAUGUGAGCCUGAGAGGGAGAGUGCACGGAGUCACGGAGAGGGGGCUGGAAGUGGAGCAUGUUCCAAUUAAUGUCCCCCUGCUCUCCCCCCUGCUGAAGAAACGGCAGUCGGAUGCCCUGUUGGACGUGCGCUUGGCUGGAGUGGAGCUGACAGAGGAGGGAUGGACAUGGCUGAGGCAGCAGCUGAGACCCAAAGAGACAGUGUGGUUCAGACUCAUCAGACGAGAGACUGAAGUCCUUGACUGCAUGGUGUCAGUGAGCAGGGGCAUUGUGUCCAACACAUGUGUGAAUGAGGAGCUGCUGCGGCUUGGCCUUGCGAAGACAGUGCCCAUCCUGGGCCUUCACCACCAGUCCGGACUUUAUUGGAGGCUCCACAAACGGCUGCUGAAAGCCGAAGUUCGAGCAGAGAGGAAAGGGAAAGGGCUGUGGAAGGAGAAGAGCUUACGAGAGAGAGCAGUGGAUGCCAUCAGCAACAACGCAUUUGUUAUGCUUUUGAGGAAACUUUUCAAAUGGACAUAGAACCAAAGGUUAAUGACCUGUGUCCAGGUAGUUUAAAAAGCUGUGAGAAUGAAGUACUGUGGAGAGGAGGCGAGUCAUUCACAUCAUGUUUUUAUUCUCCGAUACACAAACAAGGUCAAGAUGCAAACUUUUGGACCAAAAAUAUUGACUGAUCUGUAUUUGGUGGAAAAAAGAAUGCACCUGUUACCUGGAUAAAUCAUUUGCCUGUGAAGCCUUUGGAGAUGCAUGACUUCAGUGGACAAGGAUACUUUUUUCAAAAUGACUGUGUUUUUCUUACAAACAAGUAAAAUAUUGCACAUCAAACUAGGAGCUACAUUGUUUUUUUCCCAAUUUCUUUUUGACUUGAAGUUUUACUU